UAUUAAGUUUCCAUUUUAUUUAUUUGUCUCUUACGUGCAUUAAUUUGCUAUUUUUAUUGAUUGUAACAUGUCCCAAUCAAUAUUACUGCGCAGUUUUUUGCUGCACAGGCGGACGGUGUUGUUGCCCACUGUGGUGCGCCUAAAAUGCGCGGCAGCGCUGCAUUCGAGCGCUCGUUUAGCACAGCAGGCUUCUGGGGCCAAGAAUGGCGGUGGUGGUGCCUUACAGGAGUCACGUGGCGGCAGUAAUGUUUCCACAGAUGUGCGGCCGAUUGGUGAGAAGAUCAAGGAGAACACAAAGACGGCCAGUUAUACGGCCAUCAUAUUGGCUGGACUGGGAGUAACCGGAAUCAUGUUUUAUGCCAUCUUCCGUGAGCUGUUCUCCAAGGAUAGCUCGAACAACAUAUAUUCCACUGCCCUGCAGCGUGUGGUGGAUGAUCCGCGUGUACAGGACUCACUGGGAGCACCAAUCAAAGGAUUUGGGGAAACGUCACGUCGUGGACGUCGCCAGCAUGUGGCACACAGCAGCUUUGAUCGCAAUGGCGUGCCGCACAUGCGCAUGCAGUUCUAUGUCCAAGGACUGCGCAACAAGGCCACCGUUCAGCUAGAGUCCCGACAGAACUCAUCCGGAAAGCAAGAGUUUCGUUAUCUGUUUGUGCAAUUGGAUCAUUACCCACGCACUACUAUUGUAUUGGAGGAUAACCGAGCGUAUGAUCCAACGCCAGAACCUUCUUCAUCAGGAUUUGGUAAUCUGGCGCUUAUGUCGAAUAGUCGCGAUAAAUAAGGAAAUCCCGCCCUCCAAUCAACGCUUACAUUUUUAAAAUUCUUUGUAUAAUUGUUAUUUAAUUUAAUCAUUGACUGAAAAUAUGACAAAUGUCUUACUCGCCAAUGGAGAAGUUGUCCAUCUCCAGAAUGGCGCCAGAUUGGUGUCAGUAGAGCUUCUUCCAGGGAAUUAUCUCCCAGGAGCGUAUGAUAUGUCGGCCGAAUAGAAAAUCCUUCAGCUUGUUCAUUAUAUAAAACGAAAUGCCAAAGAAGGAGGCAAAGUA